AUGGAUGGAGUGACGCCCCACUUCGUCCGCGACGCCUUCCGGCUGCUGAACAGCAUGGACGGCGUCGCGCAGCUCGCCACGCUGAUGGUGACCUGCGUCGUCGUAAAGUGGAUCCGCUUCUACACGCUUCGCCUGAGCGCACGCAGGGCCAGCGCCGCGCUGAUGGUCAUGUUCUUCCUCCUCGUGUGCUACUACGUCGCCCACCUGGAGAAGCAGAGCAUCACCAACCGGCGACGCUUCGUCGCCUACACGCCGGACCAGUUCGCCGACCACGUCGCCGGCGACGUCAAGAUGAUCCAGCGCUACUUAUGGAUCGCGUCGCGCAAGCCUUCCAAGUACGGCAACUACCGCCGGCUCAACAGGGUCUCGCAGGCCCUGCUGGGCGCCAACCGGGACCUGCCGGGCGCGACCAACCGGACGUGGUCGUUCGUCAUCGUUCGCUCCCUGGCGCCCAGCGCGUUCGUGCUGCCCAACUGCCGCUCCUACUUCUUCGAGGGGCUCUUCAAGGUGUGCGAGAACGACGACACGCUCUCGUUCGUCGUGGCCCACGAGAUGGCCCACUGCCUCCUGGACCACACGCUCGAGAAGGAGUCGCUCGCCUACUUCCUGGACAAGCUCAACACGCUCGUCUGGGUCUCCUCCCUGGCGCUCAUCCGCGGGAACAUCAGGGCCGCCCUGGUGCCGUGGUUCGUGAGCCGGACCCUCCACUACGCCGUCUUCCUGCCGCACAGUCGCUCGAUGGAGCUCGAGGCCGACUCGCUGGCGCUGCGGAUGACCGCCAAGGCCUGCUUCGACUUUCGCUACAGCAUAGUGUACUUCGACAACACCGUGGCGCUCAGGAAGAGGGCCGCGGGCACCAAGAAGACGAAGAAGCUGUUCUCGACGCACCCGACGCGCCGCGAGCGCGUCGGCGCCCUGAACGCGCAGAUGGACGCCGCCCGGGAGCUGCACAAGGCCAGGAACUGUCCCCCGUUGGUUCCGCUACGCAAUAAUGACAAGGCCAGGAUCGAGGCGCUCCUUAGCGAAAUCGCCCGAGAGGUCGCGAAAUAA